ACCAUGAAGAAACGCGCCAUGGACGCGAGCAGGCUGCGCAGGAUGAAGAAACUCCGACUCACCGACAAAUUAUCGGAGAGUGCCUACACUCUGGUGCGCCUGGUGCUCCUCUGGUGCCUGGUCCUCCUGGUGGACUUCUUGCUGGACUUCAGACUGGAGUAUCUGUGGCCCUGCUGGCUUUUCUUCUGCAGUGUCUACAGCACAUUCCACUGUCAUGGCCCGGUCCUGUGUGUCGCGUUCAUUUGCGCUGCCUUCACUCUGGACAUCUUCUGCCUGGUGUUUGUUCCUCUGCACUGGCUCUUCUUUGUGGCCAGCACCUAUGUUUUGUUCAACUACAUCUGGCACACAGAGAGGGGCCUGUGUGUGUCCUCCCUGUGGCUGUGGGUGCUCCUGCUCUACACUGAGGCGUCUCUGCGUCUCCGAGACCUCAAGUCAUCUCACGCCAACCUGUCUCACCUGUUUGCCGCGCACUGUAUUGGGUACCCGGUGGUGUACUUGGGCUUCGAUGCCACCUGUUACUUCUCCAGUGCGUUUAAGCUGCGAGUUCAGAGGACUGUGCAGAGUGACCCCAACCUCCACCUGACCCUGACCUCCGGCCUGCAGCUCUGCCCCAAAGGCCCCCCCGACGCCUCCAGUAAGUGGAAGGGGAAGCCCGACUGUGGACAGUACCAGUGUCCCACCGGCUUAGUGGUGUCCAGUGACCAGGCCCAUGUGGUGGACUGUCUGCAGAUCCGCUCAGAGGAACGCACAGAGCGCCCCCUACAGGAAGCUGUUAAAACUGAUUCAACCCGCCGUGUAUCUUCUUCUUCCAUUUCCUCCUGUCUACCCAAAUCCAGUGAAGCUCUCCACAGACCCACUGAGAACUGCCCCGAGAGCCUACCUCAGGAGGAGCAGGGGGGCAAAGGACACAAAGCGUCCAAGAACACCUCUCCCAAAGCCCGCAGAAGCAGUCACCACACGCCGUCACCACCAGGGGGAAGAGUGGACAAGAAACAGAGAGCCAAAACCAUCAGCCCCAAUCGCAACACUGCAGUAGCUCACAGUUUACACGCGGACCAGAUGAACAAGCUGGAGCAGGAUGUGAGGAGGCUAAAGGCUGAGCUUCAGUCCAGCCGACAGACGGAGCAGGAGCUAAAGAGCCACCUGUGUAACCUUAGCAACAGUGAGAGGAGCCUACGCCCAGAGCUGGACCUGCUCCGGGAGGCCAACAUGCUGCUGCACACCAAGCUGUUGUGUCUGGGUAAGACGAAGCAGAGGGACAAACAGACCAGUGCUCUCCUGGAGAAGAAGACGAGAGCUGAGACAGAGGCCAGACUGUCUGUGGAGAGACAGCUCAAUGAGCUACACGUCCAGAUGCAAGAGGAGGCAGCAGCUAGAAGCCUGAGCAGCACACAGGAGCACCCUGACAUCCACAUGCUGAGGAGGAGAGUGAGCGAGCUGGAGGUGCAGUACCAACAGCUGCAGAGAGAGGGCCACCUCACAGAUACACACCUGUCAGAGCUGCACAGGGACCUGGAGUCUCUGGGCCAGUGUGGCGCUGUGGAGCAGGGCACAGAGCUGCUCCUCUCCUCGCUCUCCGCUCUCCAGGACAAGGCCCACCAGCUGGAGCUCAGUCUGAGCGCAGAGACACGCAUCAAACUGGACCUGUUCUCUGCCCUGGGGGAUGCACGGAGACAGCUACAGAUCGCCCACGAUAAGUUGUUCCGACAGGAGAGAGAGGUGGAUGAGAUGAAGCGGCGAAUGGCAGAAGUGAUGGCUCUGAGCCCUGCCCCUCAUCCCACUCAUUGCCCCGCGCCCCGCCCUGCUGUGCCUCAGUACCUCAACAAGCUCCUGGCCUCCGAACGCUAUGCCCUCAACCCCCGAUCAUUGGUCUACCACUGUUUCAAGAAGUGACCCAGACCAGACCUCAAGCAGGACUGU